GGCGGCUCGAGUGCUGGUUUUCGGAAACAAAAUAAAACAUAGCAAAAUUCUUCAAAGAUUUGUUACCUACGCAGCUGUAAAUUCAAGGAGUGCAUCGAUAACAAAUCCAUGUGCAUACAGGUGGAUUUCAAGAGUAAACGAAAAUGUUUUGGGUCACAAAAUUUGUAUAAGUUCUGCAGUGAGCAAAAAUUUCGCGAGAUGCAUGUCAAAUGCGAGUUCAGAGAAGAAAAAAGAGASUAGCGACRGUAGCGUAUUUAGUGACUUGAUGGAAGCAAAGGAACAACCACAGACGCAACUAACAGUUGGUGCAAAAGUUGUCCAGGCAGGGAAAGACGUCACGUAUUUUGGUAUCAUUCUUGUUGGCUUUGCUGUCACUGGUGCCCUAAUCUGGUAUGUAUUCAGUGAACUAUUCCUUGGUUUCAGUCCAAAUACUGUGUAUUCAUAYGCCUUAAAACAAGUACUUGCAAACAGUGAGGUUGUUGAAGAGCUGGGUGAACCUAUAAUGGGACAUGGUGAGACCACUCGUCGAGGAAGAAGACGUCAUGUUAGUUACCAGGAGUACAUUGUUGAUGGAGAAAACUACAUGCGAGUUAAGUUUUAUGUAAAAGGACAAAGACAAACAGGAACAGUACAUGUUGAUGUUAAACAGGGUGCAAGAGGUUCAAUAAUAUAUCGUUUUAUACUGGUUCAAUUAGAUGACUAUCCACAAAGAUCAAUUAUUGUACUAGAUAAUCGUUAGUAUAAACUAUAAUAUCAAUUACUGACACUAAUGUAUUAUUUUACCACUAAAUGAAAACUGUAAAUUGCACGAACAUUUUUACACAAGACAAAACAUUCUUGUUACUCUACAUUGUUCAGAUUUAUUAGUCCAGUUUUGUGCUCCUGAAUGAGAAGUGAAUUAAUAGAUAACGCAAUAAAAUAAUAAAAAAUUG